AUGUUAAUUCAAUUGUUCUUAAAGGUGCUGCAAAAGUAUUACGACACUGAAAAUGUUGCCAUUGGAUUGGAACUAGAUCUGCCUGGUAAUGAAGAUGCCCGUGAAGCUUUAAUUCGUUACUCUAUCGACUCUGCGGAAGAUGGAAUUUCUUUGUUGGCGAGAGAAAUAGCAACGGAUACAAUUGUUGGUUCCGUGACGAACAAGAUACAGGUGAAGCCUAACAGUCCAGAUGAGAAAACAUUUUCAGAAAUUUUCAAAGAAAAAUAUUGCAAAAAUGAGAAGAGUCAACUUUAUGUGCAAUCUAUCAUAGAUGCUGCUAACAAAUAUGACGUGUUUACAACGUACAAAACAGACUGUUAUGUUGAGCUGAUGUUCUUAUCAACGCUUCCCCAAUACCGACAAAAGUCAAUAGCCUCGAGUUUGUGUUUAUAUACCGUGAAAAUUGCUGACGCACUUAAAUAUGGAAUUGGUUUGGAUAAAUUACCAGAAAAUUUGAGAAAAUAUCGUCCAACUUGUGUAGUUGCAAUGUUUGCCUCAAAUUACUCGAGUGCCAUUGGACGAAAAUUAGGAUUCGACUUUAUCGAUGAAAAUUCAUAUGAAGAUGCUUACUUCAACGGCAAGAAAAUGUCGGAUCGAAUUGGUAAAUUGCAUAAGUCCUGGUUUAUGGCAGUAAAAAAACUUUAA